CUGGCUUUGUGCAGUUGCUGUUCGAGACCGGAUAAGUCUGCUAACGGCUGAGUUAUCCGAGCAUUUUCGACAAUAGCUUCCCACUGAAGCACUGAUCGCUCUGCUUCUUCCAGGCGGCUCAGAUUAUCCCCAAGAGAUUCACCAAUGGCCAAUGGUGGUCUCCAAUCCGGAGGAAUUGGCUUUCGGGCCUUCGAGGGCUCAUGAGCAGCAGAGGACAUUUGUGCAGAUGUAUCAGGUGAACUAGUCGAUGCUGCCGUCUGUUCCCCUUGACUUUGCGCAGAAUAGCCUUCCGCUGCUGCUACUUCUCCCAUGUGAGGCGGUGCUGGAAACAGCUGUGGUCUCGCACUUUGGAGUCGCUGACUUCGUCUAAGUCUGAGGUUGAUUUCACGAUUGGCUGGAGACCUCCCUGGACGCUGUCCGAGCCUAGGGGCAAUCGAUGUCCCUUCUGUUUGUCGGCGAAUCCGUCUUCCGGAAUCCUUCUUGGUGUUUCCACCAUUCUUUCUAGCCAUGGUUGCGCGAUUGCUUUGCUACAGACAGGAGAGUAGCAGUGAAUGAAGGAUUCUUCAGACUUGACUGUCUCAAAUCAUUCCGUAUGUUUUUCUACGCCAGCACACAAGCUCAAUUGAACCGAAUUCAGUUCAUUUCUUUGUCCCCCUUACGGUUGGGCAUUGCGACCAUCUUGGAUUGUGGCGUCAAGUUAACAAACAAAGAAAUAACGGAUUGCGAACCUUUCACUUCAUUCUAAACACCAGCGUGAUUGAAUCUCCGCCGCAAUUUUGUCCUAUCAUUGUUCCCUUGCCUAAUAAUUUUUGAGUCCGAUACCGUAUCUCCGAUCACCAUCAACUCGCCAUGGCGGGGCCUAUGGAUGAGGGAAGUGCUUCACGCAUCCCAGGGCUUAACCUGGCUGGCAACCCCCCUUCAGAAGAUGCGCCAGCUUUGGCGAGUAGCUCAGCCUUGGCCCGUCGAUCAGACAGGAUCCGGGACCUCUUGGAAAUAAUUCUCUUGACUUUCCGCUUCGAUUUUGAGCGUCUCCCGCCUGAAGCCCAACAAUCAUACACUCGCUUUCAAGAAAACAAGAGCUAUAAUGAGUUCGCAGCUACACUGAAGCGCUUGGUAUUGGGUAGACGUCUGGAUGACUUCAUGGGGGGGUCGGCUAAUUGCCUGAUUGCUGCCACAAAGUUAUUUGACAGUAGAUAUCCCUAUCUAGGCCUCAAAAAGCUCCGUGAUGACCUAGAGAGCGGUAGAAAGAGAGCUGGAUCGAGGGUCGGGUCACGCCGCCGGUCGCCAAAGUCACCACGCCGAGCACAGAAGAAGGCCUUGCGUGAGACUCGAAACGAGCAAACCAGGGAAUCUUCACGGCGAACCUCUCGAGCAAACUUGGCUAGUACACUUACCUUGCCUGCGCGAAUUCGUACUAGAGCACGCCCCGAAGGCCGUUUGUUGCAUUGGACUCGAGUCGAAGCAAGUCCCUCUCAGGCUGGUCCAGAAACUGCCGGCCCUUCGAGCGAUAUUCCGUCUAUCCACGUUGACCCUGCUGAGCCCGUAGAUAAUCUGGAAGGCCAGUCUGCCCCUACCAAGAAGCCUUUAAUUCCCGGUUUCGUGAUUAGUACUCGAACGGGCCCUGUAGACCAAGGUAGCAACAAACCAGCAGUUGAAGGGUCCGGACGUGAAAAGCUUCGCCAAGAACAGAAUACAGCUUGGCUGAAAGACUAUGUUGAAGCGCUUGGUGGUCCAAAGUACGACUUUAAUCUCUACCCCUACAAGGGAUGGAAGAUUGAGCCGCCAGAGAUCCUACUCCAUCGUGCGAGAAACUUCCUUGCCGAUGAAGAUAUCGAUCGGACUCUGAACUGGGGUCAAAAGAUUGCAGAGCUGACUGAGUACUUCUCAUACCUUCUUCACAAUUGGCAGGGUGAAGAAUGGGGCGCAGAACUCCAUGAAGUUAUUGGCAUGCUUCGUACACACUGGAUUUUUGAGCAGUAUCACUAUGGCAAGCCCAGGCUGAAUCUCAAAUUUGAUAACGUGUGGCCAAAUUAUAGUAAGAGGCUGCCACCCAUUCCUGGUGUCGAGACCACUGUCGAGAAGCCUCAAAGUGAAAUGGGCGAGCGAAGGUCGCUCCUCAACAAGAUUCGACCAGCCAUUGAUGUUCACUACAAGUUGCCUGGCGAUGUUCUCGAAAAGUACAUCGAUCUUUAUGCAUCCGAGGCUCCCUACUUCUGGAGAUCUGCACCUCGUUCCCAAUCUUCCCUUCAUGAGCUGGUCAAGAUUGAAAACAACGCUUUUGAGAAGUGCGUCUUUUCGGGCAUGCCAACCACCGACAAACUGAUUAGAGCAUCUGAAGCCAAGUUCAAGUCGGAAUCUGACCGAAAAAGCUUCAGCCCAAGUGCUCUUCAGGCGUUUGCCACACUUCGUGGAAGUCAACGAGCAGCCCUCCAACAGACCUUGAGCCAUCUGGACAAUUCUGAGAAUCUUGCAGUCUGCAACAUUUUCCGCACACUCAUUCUGCCGCCACCCAGAAUUCCAGAGAAGCCAGACGCAGGUAUCCUUUUUCCUACUAUGCAGGUAGCAGACGUUCCCGAAAAGGAGUCUCGUGAUCCUUUCAGCUACACUGUGGCGCAUAGAUGGUACCUCGAAGCAGAGCGAUUCUGGAAGAACUGGUCGUAUGAGCACGCCGUCAAAGAAUGUUAUGGUCACAAGCGGUGGGAGGAACGCGAAGAACCCAUCAUGGAUUUGCCCAAGAACUGGAUGGGUCCUUUUGUUUACGAUUUUCUGGAUCACGACAUGAAGAAGACUCUGGAGUUGCUGAGGAGAUGCGAAAUCCUGCUAAGGCGGAUAUUCUUACAAAACGAACGAGUACCGCGACCCUUCCUGGCCGACAUGACGCAACUGAUGCUUGAGGGGCUCUCGGGCAGGCCUUGGGAUGAAACGGGGCUGGACUUCAAAGGGGAAGACUUCGUCUCUGGCUCACAGGAUUUGGCUCAUAUCCGUCCCUUGGAGGAAGACUUUUUGCGAUUAUUGGGCAUGAAAUCCAUCCAUUCCAACACUGUCGACCCAAAGAUCAACCAUGAUGGCAUCAGUCCUCUCUCUGCCAUAUUCGAACAAAGAGUUAAGGACAUCAUGUAUCCGAGCGGCUCAGCUAAUGCCGGCUCUUACGACUUUGCUAAUUUCAUGGUGUCACUCAAUGAAGUAUGUGAUGGGCCAGUGAAGCGCUGGAGAUUCUCCAAUGAGGAGGCCUUGGAAGAACUGGAACUUCUUGACAAAAGGGGAGUGAUUAAAUUGAACGAGGACAACAGUGUAUCAUGUUCUGUACCCAACCUUCAUCCUGAGCAACGUGUUCGGUGGCUCGACACUGACGAUGACCUGGACGCAUACAUGCAAGGUGUACAAGCGACUAGGGGUGGUCAACCCGACGAUGACGAUGACGACAGCGAUGACAGCGAUGAUAGUGGUGACAGCGACGACGAAGAUGAAAUUAUGACCAUCUCAACAGACGUUAGUGUCCCAGAGAUGGAGGAUCUUGGUAACUACAUGUUUGGUCUUCCCAAAAUUGAAAACCUCCGCAGUUGGGUUGGGCUUGGUACUGCGAGCGGCAGAGAGGCUAGCGAGAAAGAUAUGUCUAGAAACCACGGGUUCUUCCAACGCCUCUGCUUCCGACUUGGAAGGACGAUAAGGGAACUUCAAGAGAGGAUGGAAAGGUACAGGAGGCAGCUUACACCCGAACAGCAAGGCCGUAACCGCGAUUUUCUCGACACAAUGGUGUCACAAUGGGAAUCAGAUACUAGAACACGACCAGAGUUGCCUCAGUAUAACCCCAACGUACCAUUGGACAAUUAUGCCAGGCCAGACUACGCGGAAAUCAUGUGUGUAUCUCAGCCCGCAGAUGAGUUUGGUGACAUUGGAUACCCCGAAAUCACUUACGGAUGUCAAAACCGGUCGUACAGGUUUACUGUUGAUGUUGUUCGAAAGGCAAUUCUCCGCGAGGCUUAUGAGAACAAGAGUAUGCUAUUCCCAAACCGCAUUGAUCGCAGUGUGGAUGAAAAAGGACUGAGGCUUCGAUCCCCUCGUCGACGUGAGCCAGUUUGGUCCUUUGCUCAUCCUGAUCGCAGAGGCAAAGCACCACGGUUUUGGGAUAUCAAUCGUUGGCCGCUUCAUCUGCAAAGCGAAUCGACAGCCGAGAGCAUCAGAUCUGGAACAUUCUACAGGCCUGCUCCUUCGCCUCUGGCACCGGAACCAACCAAGGCGCCACGGAUCCCAGUACGAGUUGCUACGCCUCCAGAAUCACCUAUUUCAUCCGUAUUGCCUACAGUUCAACGAGAAGUGCAUCGCGAAGUCCAGCCUGAAGCCACGACUAUGGCUCCUGACAUGACUGAAAGCAUGGACACAUCCGAAAGCCAAGUCCAACAUUUCCCUGGUCUUGGUGAGGAGUUCACUGUCACGUUCCAGGAUCUAGCGGAUUCUCGUCGUACUUUCACAACCGGGUCUUCUCAGUAUCUCCUUGGAGACACGCCUCUGCAGAAGAAGUAUAUCGAGGAUCUCAUCAAGAGUGGUAUAGAGACAGAAGAACCGCGGACUUGGACUCAGCGCCUAAGUGCUCUAUUUGGUCGUAAGAACGUCCCAGUGGAUCCCAGUGCGCUGCCCAGGGUCAAUCCUCGUGAUAUUCCCCAAAGUAAGCCUCGAAGCGAGCCCGUGUUUUCAGACGAUGAGCCCGCUGAAGGGGAGGGUUCUUCUGUCGGAAGCACAGAUGUUGAAAUGGACGAGGCUGCGAUGCAACUUUGGGAAGAAACUCAAGCAGGCCCAUCCUCAGAACGGCGCUCAUCUCGUGCCCAAGCACCUUCACCAAUUGUCCCAACGUUCCUGACUAAGCCUGAUUCUUCCUCCGUCUCCCCUCCAGAACCUGGGACUACUCAGGCAGAAUCGAGCAGCGCUGGUACGUGGGGACAAGGCUUGUCCGGGGCUCUGCCUAAGCGGCUGAGACUCAGACAAGUGACAACUGAAAUACAGUCUCACCCGGUUGAGUUGGAGGUUAUCGAGCCAGAGUCCGAAUUGCCAGAGCAGCAAGAAGAGGACCAGGAGACAGACCAAGAUAGUUUGUUUGAUUUGUAGUGAAAUAUGCGACUGGUAUCGGCUUUUCGGCUGUUGAGUAGGGUCUACUGCUUUAUCCUUGUAUUAGUUGUUAGUUAUUGGUGCUUUGGCUAGACUUGGUAUUUGGAGUUAGUUUUGUGUUGUUAGCUCAAUCUCUCAAUUUUCACCAUUUCUUUAUCACCACACGCAGGUAAAUAAUGAGGGACCAAUGUUUGUUUUGCAAAAAAAGCAAUCA